GGUGGAGCGAUCCGACAAGCAGGUGGAGCAUUCGGUAGACUUGAGGCUGCUCGAGAGGAGAAAUUCUUUCAUGACCUGCUUACGAUUAGCAAUACGCCUAACCUCUUGCAGAAUGAACAACAAAUCAUAGCGCUGAAACAAGAACUGGAAGCGAAAGCGAAUUCGGCGAGUGGGGAACAACUGAAAGAAUUAACGAACAAAAUCGAUCUGCUGUCUCGAGAGGCUGAAAGACAACGCAAUGUUAUUUCCAAGAAGCCAGUGCCUGAGUAA